AAAAGCAAUUUACGUGGAUAACCUAAACGAGAGUUUGCUCCCGCCUCGCGAACAACGAACCUCUUAACGUUCGCGUCGCGCACGACGAGGGUCCACGAGAAUACGGGAAAGAAGGCCGAAAGCCACGCCUCGUCCCGGCACCUGGAGGAUAAUGAGGAUAAAGCGAAGGUUCAGAGACGAAGACGGGACAUGUGGGCGCAGCUGCCGGAGCUGAUCCUCACGCAGGUUUUCGGGCACCUGAGCGGACCUGAUCGAGUGAACGCCGGUCAGGUCUGCCGACACUGGGGGCGCUGCCUAGGUUCGCCCUCCCUCUGGCGACGCUGUACCGUUCACAUAGAUCGUGACCUUAGCAUCGACUGCUCCAUUGCCAGCGAGCUCGCGAUUAAGUUUGGCGAGUACAUGCGAAGCCUGGAAUUGGCUUGGUCGAGGCCGUUCAUCCUGCCACGGGAGCCACGAAUCGCCCGUAGUGUCCAAGCCGAAGCCGGUGCCGACUUCCUGGGUGUAGUACGUGCCAAGAAUGUGCAGCUGAAAGAGCUCAUCCUCACGGAUUGGAUAUUUAGCAGCAAGUGGGGUAACUGCGGCAAGCUACUCUGCGCUCUUGCUAAUUUAUUGGCAUGUCAGCAAAAUCUAGAAACGUUAAGUUUAUUAAACGCAAAUCUCAGUCUAACGGAUGUUCUUCGCUUGCUUGCAAUCGUCGUCAAUGUCUGCGAUAAUCGACUUGCAUCUCUCGAUAUAAGAGGAGCUUUUAGAGAAUGGCAGGCUCCUUACAACAACGCAAGAUAUUUAAGGCUGCUUGGUCGCCUUCAUGCGCUAACGCAUUUGAGCUUGGAUUAUCCGGCUUUGUCGGAUGGAGCAUUAAAUGCACUUGCAUCUGGAGCUUGCAAAGCUCUGCAGACGCUGCACAUAUCAGUAAGGGAUUCCGAUUCCAGGCAACACCGCAUCGAGGAUUCAACUUGGCAUAAUCUAGUCAACGCCUGUCCGCAUUUGACUGUUUCGUACACCAUAGUGAAUAUAUCACACCAUGAAGACAUGUGUUAUCUCCUAUUACCAAGCGUACCUCUAGCAAAAUUUCAAAUGUUUGGAGGGUACGUUUGGGAUCAAAGCCGCACGCGUAAUUUUCGCAGUACCGUUGGUCUCUUAAUUUCUCAUUACACCGAUACAUUGGCUGAAGUUAUGCUACAAUUGAGAAAUAAUCGAGAAAUGUUGGACGACUUGAUUGUAUCAAUGCUAACACGUUGUAAGCAUUUGAAAAGACUUCAAUACGACGGUAUCUUACGAAAUCUGGAAACUCUACGUGAUAUUUGCCAACUACAAGCAGAUCACAAAACAUAUUUUCAAACGAUCCACAUGAAACCACGGAAUGUAAACAUGCACAAUCAAGCUGUAUUACACGAGAUCGGUCAUCAGUUCAAUCACAAAAUGAUCGAGCAGGGAAUCGACUUCCGCAUCGAUAAUCUUGCCUAAAUUUUCAUCUAUUUGCGAGCUCGAUGAGCUAUCCAGUCAUCAAAAGCCAUUUCAUAUUUCCAUUAUAAUGAAUGAAAUAAAAAAAAAAUUAUUUAUAUGUUUCCUAACCUUUUA